GCAACACAGACUGUAAUCGUCGACAUUAAUUUACAGCAAGUGAAGUUUUUAAAGUUUACGAUAAAUCUGAAAAGUUACUCAAUAGUUCUAGAUAAGUGUUUUUCAACAUUUAUCAGUGAAAUUGUAAUGGAUUGACUCGUUAGCAGCUGUGUGCAAGUUUAUUUUCGUGAUGGAUCUUGUAAUAUAACUGUUUAUGUUUCGUGUAGGUGGCUACUCCACGGGCCUAUGUGAAAGUGUUUCGCAUAAAAUUUAGAUACUAUUGUUCGGAUUCGCCCGGGUUACUUGGGAAAAUAGUGUUUAAUUGUGACUUGCGCAAGUUAUUGUGUGUCGGCGAUGUGUUGCAUUGGAUUUCGUCGCGUAUUCCGUGGAAAUUUCUGAGUGUGUGUGACAUCGGCCAUCACCAGCAGUUGAAAUGAGUGCACCAGCCAAAGAAUAUAAAUAUUCGUCAUCAGAUGAUGACGGCGGCGGUACAGACUUGAGCUCCGACAGCAGCGAGGACGAGGUGACGGAGCACGUGACCCGCUCCACGCCGCCAGACAACAUGACCGCCGCCAGGGCACAGGUGCCUACCAUCAGUGUAACGCCGCACAGUCCGGGCGUUCUCGACGACAGUCUGCAGCAGUUGCGGCGACUGCAUGCGGUCGUGCAGCGCAUGCGCGCCGCGCCGCUGCCCUUGCUCGCAACUGGCAGCAAUCGCCUCAGCACAUCAUGUCCGUCUUUGUGCAAAGAUGGCGCGCCAGAGCCAGACUGCUCGUCGCCCACCCAUCUCGAAUUAUACGCACAGAGCAGGAAGGGCAGCGACGUUAUACUGACAGGCGAGUCCCGCCAAUGGAGUCUGUGGGGCGAGCGACGUGACGAAGGCCGACGCAGCUCUUGGGCCGCGUUGGAACCAGGCGCGAGGCUGCAUGAUGCCAGACAAAGAAGUACUCUUAAUGGGCACAGUGCUUCGCUAUCGUCAAUGGAGUCCGAGGGCGAAGUGCCCCGGCCCGUGCGACACUCCACUCAUUCGCUCAACGACAAUGAUUUGGCGAAAGACUUCGAGAAAGUGACAGCAACGCUCCGCGCCAACGCGGCCGCGGCCGAAGGCGCCCGGCUGAUGGCGCGACUGCCGCUGCAGAAGUCGGUGUCCACGCCCAGCAUCGUGGCGGCCGUGCAGCCGCCGCAGCCGCAGCCACCACCGAACGCCCUCUCGCCGGGGGUUGCGACAGAGACGGAAAGUGACGAGGACGCCUCGGCGGCAACAGUGGGCGGCACCCCGCAACUGCCUGGGAGAAGGAACAACACUCACCAGGAACACCUGGGCUUACAUCGACUGGCGUUUUUGGAACAAGCGGCAUUUGACCAUCACGCUGAAAAGAGGCGUAAGCGGGGCAGUCUUUUCUUCAGGAAGAAAAAGGACAAGUCCCGUAAAGCUGCGCACGCGUGGUCGGCGGCGAAUGCGGGCGCAGAUUGUGAUUGGUGCGGGCGACCGCUCACCGACAAACCGGCGCUUUAUUGUGACAAUUGUACCAUGACAGUACAUCAAAAUGUAUGCAAGGACUACAUAGUUGAAUGUAAUAAACCGAAAUCCUCAAAGACUUCGGUUGGAAAAUCUUUGAGUGCCAGUAGUGGAAAGAGCAGUAAGCGUAGCUCUGUAUCUGGCCAGUCCCAAAAUUCAAAUAGCAAGAAGCAGAGUGGAUGCUAUUCGCCGUGGCGCCGCGUCGCAACGAAACUCGGCGUGCACACGAGCCACGUUUACAACGACGACAAGGACGGCUCCGAUCACAAGCACGAUCAGAGCAAUGCAUCGGAUGACGCGCUAGUGACGGAGUGGCCGGAAGUAUACUUAGCGUCGGACCAGCUGGGGGAGGCGGCCAUAUUGCUCGGCUUGGGUGCUUCGGAGCCCGACACCUGGGCGGCUGGGGCGCCCAAAGGGUUAGCUAAAUCUUUAGGCGAGCGAGAGACGAAGCGCCAGGAACACAUUUACGAAUUAAUACUCACGGAGAAGCACCAUUGUCUGACAAUACGACUUAUGCAGAAGAUGUUCGUAGCGGGCAUGAUGCGUUUCCCCGGCGUCACGGCGUCCCAGGUGUCACGGAUGUUCCCACGCGUGGACGAACUGUGGGCUUUGCACGCCGAACUGUUGGGCAAACUGAGGAACAGACAGAGGGCCUCCACCACUGUCACGUCCGUGGCUGAUAUACUGGCUGAGACCUUCGCCCCGCCUGCUAUGCUCAAAUUGAAGUCUGCUUAUGGCGAAUUCUGUGCGCGACAUCGUGACGCCGUUGAAGUGUUUAAAGAGUGCUGCACGCGGGAGCCGAGACUCGCUAGAUUUAUUAGGAAAUGUCAACAGAACCCACUACUCAGGAAGAAAGGUGUCCCAGAAUGCGUGUUAUUCGUAGCACAGAGGCUAACAAAAUACCCGUUACUUUUGGAACCCCUACUCAAAACUGCCGGUGACGAUAUUCACGAGAGGGAAUUGCUGCAGAGGGCGCUGUGUGGAGUCAAGGAAAUUCUAGUAGAUGUGGACAACCAGGUGGCAGCCAAGGAGCGCGAGGACAGAAAGCUGGAGAUCUACCAUCGGAUCGACGCAAAAUCCUUCGCUAUGUUCCGGGGGAAUAAGUUUAAGAAGAGCGAUAUUUUACAGGGGAACAGAAGUCUCAUGUUCGAAGGUGUAGCGACUCUAAUGCAAGGUCGGAGUAAGAUGCAGACAUUGUUGGUGGUCGUGCUGACAGAUUUGUUGUUCUUCCUGCACGAUAACAACAACAAGUAUACGUUCUUCACGCCUGAUAAUAAAACGGGCGUGGUGCCGCUGCAGAAGCUGCUAGUGCGAGAGAAGGCGGGCGCGGAGGCGCGCGGUCUGUACCUGCUGUGCGCCGCCGCGCCCGCGCCCGAGAUGUUCGAGCUGCGCGUGCUGCGCCCGCGCGAUCUGCAUCACUGGAUACACCCCAUACGAGCGGCGGUAGCUAAAUGUCCGGCGGAAACGUCGGAAGCGGAAGCGGGUGCAGCCGCGAUCUCAGCUGAGGAAAGACAGAGACAACUAUCUAUGCAGCAUGAAAACAUACGACUUAUUACUGACGAUACCCCCUGGUGGCAAAUAGAAGAGGCACUAAGGGCGAAGGACAAGGAACACGCAACGUUGUUAGAAGAGAAAAUGGCGCUGCACAUGAAAAUGGUCGGCCACACAGGGAAUUACACGCUCGAUGUGCCUAACACUGGUGUGAACACAGUGUUCCCCGGCGGCCUGGUGUUCCCGGACUACGUGCGGCUGGCGGCGCCCGCGGCUGAGACUCACGCGGUGUGGCAAGAGGUCUGCAGGGUGGUCAAGUCUGCACUAGAAGUGUCAAGCGCGAGUUGGGUCGGCGCCAGCGGCCUCGGCCGUAGUACUAGUUCAGCUGGCGAGAGACACUCCUGCGUAUACGAGAGUCCCGCUCUACCACGCAGAGCUGACACCUUCGCUGGAUUCGACCACAACAAACAUAGAGGCGUGACGCUGCGAAUGUCAACGGACACGCCGACGGAAGGCGACGCGGCGGAGACGGCGGAGACGGCGGAGGCGGCGGAGACUGGUGACGUCAUGGACGAGCCGCGCCUCGCGGACGCUGUCGGCGGAGACGCCGCUCUCAGGCUGCAACACGCUAUAUACACCUUGACGUGCAUUGUGUGGCAGCAGAUGACUACGAUACAUAGCCUGGAAGCUCAGGUGGUAGCGUGGCGGUCGGCCGGCAGCGGCGCACGCGCGCACGCGUCGCAGCUGGAGCAGCUGCGGCACGCGCAGGCGCGGCUCACGGCCGAGCGCGCGCGCUGGGAGGCCACGCGCAGCGCGGACUCGCAGGCCAUCGCCAGGGAAAAACGUGAAUUGGAAGUGGCUCGCGAAGAACUGAUGGAGUUACAGAAGGACGUGGAACAACAGAGAGAUAGACUGUACAGAAGACUCGAGAGGCUGCAGCAACACGGUGGAUCUCAAGAAGAAAUAGCAACAUUAUCGCCUGACUCCAGCGUCAGUGACAAUACUCGUAGGAAAGAAUCUAGCAAAUGGCGAAGUAGUAGGGGGUCUACGGGCUCAGAAUGCGCGUCAUCAGUAUCGGCGUGCAGCGUCCGCGGCGCUGUGUUGCCCCCGCCCCAGCUGCUGUCCGCUCAGAACGAGAGUAGAGCUACUGUCAGGGCCCCCGCUGUUUCGAUGGUAAAACAGCAGUUACCACUGAAACUGGCGAGCGGCAAAAGUCAACAACAAGUGCCGCCGACCGGCUACCAUAGACUACACGAAUCACCCAGUGAUCAUACCCAAGGCUUAGUGAUACACCAUACUCGUACAGGAAGCUCGCCCGCGCCACUGCCAUCGCAACAACAACAGCAGACCAAUAAUAAAGCCACUAGAACAAACACGUACCCAAAACUACCGGACAAGUUCCGUGUGCGUUCCCCGGAAGCGCCCCCGGAAGAAGAGGUGAUCUACUUCUGACAACCACCCCCGCCCGACAACCACUCGAGGUCCUGAGACUGCCGACUGUCCUAAACUAGUACCACCACCCUGGUACCACUACUGGUUCAACUAGUAUAGUACCACUACUGGCUCAACUAGUAGUACCACUGCUGGUUCAACUAGUAUAGUACCACUACUGGUUCAACUAGUAUAGUACCAGUACUGGCUCAACUAGUAGUACCACUGCUGGUUCAACUAGUAUUACUACUACUAUCACCAUGUUUUCAGUCGUAUUAGUAAAAAUAUGUUCUUCUGCAAGCAAUGGCAAUAUUGUGAAGAAAGUUGUUUAUGGAAUGAAAUAAACAACUUUCUUUAUUCUUCUAUUUAGGAAUAAGAUUGGGAGGAGCUCAUAAAUAAAGUUUCUCCUUUCCAUCUGAGCGUUUUCCUGGUUACUUACUCAGUUUUAAUGCGUCGGAGCCUAGGAUCCUGCUAGUCCGAGCUAAUAAGUAUUUUGUUCAAAAAAAAAACAGAAGAACAUAUUUUUCUAAGUUUGAUUGCUAUCAUUUUAUUUUUGCCACAGACUAAGAUUAUGUUAAAAUAUGAACGAAGCCCUCAUGUCAAGUUACUCUGCGGUGAUCUUUAUGCCGUGGUAAUAGGGGGCAGUAUGCAAUGAAUUUGGACACUUUGAUGUGCUGUUGACUCCACAUUGUUUUGCAUAUCAAUUUCAAAAUUAAUAUAAACUAAUUUUUAUUUUCAACAACGGCAUAAUGUUUAUAUUUCACUUUUAUUUAUAUUAUAUUUAACGAGUGUGAAUUCGUCAUGUUUUUUAUCAUAAAGACUAUUUUAAAAUUAAAUCAAAUUUAUCUUAUACAGAAUAAUUUUACAAAAAAAAUAAGCAAUAAAUAUUAAUAUAGAUCCAGAUAUUUUAAAUAUUUCAUUUGAUGUAUUACUUAAUUGGGACCACGAAUAAUUAUUUUACGUACAGUACAAAUCUAUACAUUUCAAUUUUUCAUGUCAUUCCAUGUCAAACGUAAAUGAUCUCUUUACUUGUGUAUUUAAAGUGUUAUUUAAUUUAUCUGUAUUUCUACGGCGUAGAGGCGGCUUUUAAUCGUUUUAAAUAUAUUUAGUCAUGUAUUCACUACUAUUACUAUAUUGACGACAAGCAAUUAAAAAUUGAAUAUUCCUGUUUUAAAAAAUCAUAAAAUAAUAUAUUAAAAUGCAAGAUGGACCCAUCUGGACAAAUAAUGGAUCUUUUCUUCAAGCUUGUUCCCUCAAAAAAUAAAAUCCUAGUAUAAACUUAAUUAAAAUCUCAUUCCAAUGCUCAUGGCAUCUAGUCGAGGUUCAAAACUUGGGUCGUUUCACAAGUAUGCUGUUGUCUCGCUUACACUAUAUUGCGAAAAGAUACAGCCAUGUGUGUAAGCGAGACGCAAAUACGUUUUUAAAUUGGUCGAGUUGUAAUUUAAUAAUUUUAAUAUCUGAAGUGAUAACAGUGGGCGAGGUACUAUUAAGGACUAUAUAAUUACGUAGCGAUCUAGAAUAGUGAUUGUUACACUAGUUGUUUGAAGGCAUCUUGUUGUUUACACUAUGGCUGCUUAUGCGCUGUCGUUUUUGUUUUUUUUUUUUAAAUUGGAAAAUGUGCCAAAAUUAGUAGGAGUUAUGCCAGAAAAUGUAAAAUUAAAUUUUAGUUUGAAAUUUUUUGCCGGCUGUAUCUUAAAAAGAAUUAUUUAUGAAUUUAUGUUCAUAUUUAACAUGUACAUGAAAUAAAUACAUAACAUGUAAUUUCUGAACAAUAUAAAUAAUAUUCUUUGUGAUGCUGAAAAUUCACUUUUUUAUUGUUAAUUGCAGUAAAACAUAUAAGUCAGUUCAUAUAUUAAAACAGUAAAGAUAUAUUUUUAGAGCCCCCUAAAUUCGACACGUUAUAUAUAAAACGACAGUGUAUCAGUGGCCAUGAUCUAACGUAGAUAGUGUUGUAACUGUUUCAGAAAUAUUUUUAAAAAUACUGUUGUUAUUAUACAUUUUUUUAUUAACAUACAUUGACUAGACCACUUCACAAAUCUAUUAAAAUGACUUUAAAGCACCGCUAUUUUUCAAAUACAAAUAAAUAUAAAGCUACAAUAUUUUUGUCAUUCUAUUGUUAAAAUUUAAAAUAUAGAGGUAUAUAAACAAAUAAAUAUAUAUUUGAUACGUCUUGCCAAUUGCUGGCAAAAAUACUGAAUAAACUGACAGAUGAAAACUUCAUGCUGUUCUUUUUUUAUAAGAAGACAAGGAUAGCACGAACACAUGUUUCGUACUUUUUGUAAAAUGUAGGGGAGCUUACAAAUAGGUAUAAUUAUUUCAAAUGAAAAUAUAAUUUAGUCUAAAAGAAAUAUUGAAAAUAUAGGAGAUAAAUGUCUCAAUCUAACACUGAAGUUACUUCGUGUUGUUUGUAUAUUCAGACGUGAUAUUGGUCACGUGACCCUCUUACCCUAUGUUUUACAAAGUAGAGUACUGACUUCGACCCCAACUUUAAUGUUUAGAUAUAGUAUCUAUUUAUCCUUAUUAUGCAAGGAUAUGUAGAUAUGUACUGGGUUUUUAAAUACACAAAAGUCAUACACAUAUGCGCUGUUACUGUCUAUGUAAAGAAAUCACGAUAUAAAUAAGGACCUCAUUCUCGAAGUACUUAUUUCUUCCAGGGAAAUGUUAACACUGACCUUGGACCAUGUUUCAUCUAUGAUAAUAAAAUCAAGAGAUCAAACGUAAUUAAAGUAAUCCAGUUUCAGAAAUGUGUAUGUCUGUUUUUUCAUAAAAAAAUUAAAAUAAUAAUUUUUUAUUUCGCUAUAAAUAUGGUAUUCAAUUUUGUGUCAUGUUUAAUGCAUUUAAGCAGGACUGGCAUGCAAAAUAAUUCGCAUAUAUUUUUUUUUAAUAUCAAAAACUAUAUUAUUAGGGAACUUGUCAGUGAAAGUAAUGUCGAAGUGACAUCACAUUUAUUUGGUUUUCAUAUAAGUAAGACUUUAGUGUAAACUAAAAAAUAGUAAAUAAAAUUGAUCAUUCUAAAUUACAUUAAAUUCGUGUUCUAUGAUUGAAAUACAUUUAAUUUUGUUUUUAUGGCGUGAAAUACCGUAUAAUAUAAUACUGAUGAAACAUGUUCAUUGUUAGUAGCAUUAAAUUCCUAGGUGAUAGGGCAGUGUAGGAUUUACACCGAAUGGGUUGCAUUAGCGCUGUAAAGAUAUAUUUUUAGCGCCCCCUAAAUUCGACACGUUAUAUAUAAAACGGCAGUGUAUCAGUGGCCAUGAUCUAACCUAGAUAGUGUUGUAACCGCUAUUAUAAUGAAAAAAAAAAGUGUACAAAUUUGAAAUUUAACUCCUGUACGGAAGGUUCCAUUUCCUUUAUAAAAGUUUUGACGCAAUGCGAUCGGUAUAAAUCUUUCAUAACUUUCGCUCACACACUCAUUUGUUAGAGGUCGCCCUAAUGGCGAAUGUACAAUGACACAAUGUACUUAUGCCGUAUUGUCGACUCAUAGAAUAACUGUUAUCAAUGUAAAUAUGUUGAAAUGUUAAUUAAAUGUAAUAGGAACGUUAUAUCCAUCAUGUUAUAUAAAUUAUGUAACAUUUUAUAUUAUAAGAAUGGCAAUUGUAUUUUUCAAUUUCCAUUUUGAAAAUAUGCUUAUUGUGAAACUAGAAUUUUACUUAAAAGAAGUUAUAUCUUUUUUUUUUUUUUUUUCAAAUAAAUUGCUAUCUGCUUUUGGAAUUCAAAUCUUUAAAAUAAAGAUUUUGUAAAAAAAAAAUACUUAAAAUUUAUUUUUAUUUAUUAGGUAUCAAGAUAAAAAAAGCAAUUGUCAUUCUGGCGGCCGAAAUUACAAUUAUAAAAUGUAAUUACAAACAACUGCUCAGAAUUUUAAAUGAUAUAUCACUGUUUUCGGCUGUUAUGCAUUUAUUAUAGGCUUGUGUGCAGGCAUUCUGUGCAAUAUGUAUUUUUUUUAAUGAAAUAACUAAAUAUUUAAACAUUUUCUUAUUAAUGUCAGCUUUAAACACAAUCCAUGAUAUUCGUUUAAAAUAUUUUUUUAUUUGCACAUGCAAUUGAAUAAUAAUAAAAUCUAAAUAUUUUUUUAAUCUAAAAAUAUUUUUUCUCAUUUUAUAAAUGUACGGCUAGCAAAAAUAUUUGUAUGAAAUACUUGCACACAACAGUUGUUUAGCUCUAAAAUACUGUUGUUGAAGACCUUAUAAGACUAUGUAACUAUUUUUCGUGCAUUUACUGUAAUACUUUUUACUAUUUAGUCUCUAGAGGAAGUGAUAUUUUAAACUAUUUUCUUGUUUAGGAUAUCUUUUCAUACUGUACUGUAUAUAAUGACGUUGAUGUUUGAAUAUAUUGUAAGAUAAACUAUAAAAAUAUGUCUAAAUUAAUCAGAUUUUAUGUAAACAAAUAUAGAACAUGCAAUAAAAUAAAUGGAAAUUAAACAAUCUAUGAAAUCAUGGCAAUGAAAAAUGUUUUUGAAAGAUCGCAUUAAGAAAAUUAAAUUUGGAAUUACAUGGCACAUUAUUGCAAAAGUUAUAUCAUACUUUCAAAUUGAAUUUCAAAGUGGGUUUACAAGGAAUAUAGUAUUUAUCCCAAAACGAAUCAUUAUACAAUAUUGUUGUGUCAUAGUUCAACAUAACAUUGCAUAUAUUGUGCCAUGUAUUUUCAUUUUGUUUUUCGGUCUUCAAAACAAUGACAAUAAAUAUAAGUAUGAUAUAUUUCUUCUCUACCACGCUCAGAACUCCUAUUAAUAAACAUUUUUGUGCACUUUAAAAUGUGGUUGUAAAAUCGCAAUAAAACAUGCAAGUCUUAUAUUCGUAAAUAAUAAUUCAUAGACACUAACUAUUGUUCAGGCUGAUAAAGUUAAAAUUAUACCAAUUCUUGCAAGAUCAUGUAACUAUUCAAACAAAAUUUAAUGUUGCAAUAACUUUAUACUACUUUCGCGGAGUUUAUAAGGACAUUGGUUUUUAUUUUAAAAAAUCUUAUAAUUAGUUAACUCCACAGGUAUAAGAACAUUACAUUGUGUUCUUGUAUCUGUGGUUAAUUCAUUAUAACAAGUAUCGCGUUCAAGCAAUCGAUGGCCAGAAUUGUUGCAUUUAAAAUUGUUCCUUAUAAUAUAUUACUUCUUUCGAUAUUUCAUAGGUCUAAGCAUCGCAUUUAGCCGUAUUUAACAAAUUUAAAAUUCAUACAAAUCUUCAACAGCUUGAUAAACCUAUUUCAGUUGAAGCAUGUUUUGUCCCUGUCUCACUUACAAUAUUUGGUAUUGAAAGAGCAAGACAAAACAUACUGAUCUUAUAAAAUAUGUUUAACAAAUGAUUGAAUCUUUUUAUGAAAUAGACGAAAAGUGUUUAAGACUGCCACAUACUGUUGCGUCUUCAAUUCGUACGUAUCGCAUCUGCAGUACAUCAUGAUAUAUUUGAAUUUACAUGCGUAAGUUCACUUCACACCGACAGUGUCGCAGGCGCAUUGUGUUGCGUUUAUGUGCGACAUUAAAUUUAUUACAAGUCAUGACGUUCUGUAGAUAACAACGCGUUGUGCGUGUUGCAGACGAAUCCGGUGUGUGGCAACCUAACAUCAUAUCGGAAGUUUGUGCCGAUGUUGGUCUGUUUAUGACCUAAAAUAAAUAUGGCCUGAUUUUUAUGGAUAGACGGAGCCACGGAGGUAAAAUUGUAUAUAUCUGGCUACACUGCGAUAUUAGAAAAGUAUAUGCGGAUCUUUUUCGUUCUCAGCACGUACUAUUUAAUACUUGUAUCGCUAGAUGGCGGUAUAUUAUGACAUUGCUAUCGAUUCUGAUAAAAAAUAUAUAUUUGUAAGUCUAGUAUGAAUAAGACAACAGACAGAAUAUAUAUACAGGAUAAGAUAACAGAAUCUAUGGUAACAUGGAUUCUGUCUAGUAUGGAGCCAUAUGUGUAUAUAUGUACCUAAAUGUUUUAAUAAAUUAUUUUUAAUAAAUCAUUUCUGAAUUGAAUACGCAGUGUAGCUAGAUUGUAAAUAGAGAGAUGUGAUAUAUGCUUGUGAUAACGUUAAUGUGGCUUCAUCACAAUGUACCUCGAUUGGUAAUGUACUUAUAAAGUUAAAUAAUCUUGAAGUAUUUUUUAAAAUUAAAUUUACGCUUCACGGAACAAUUUGCCAUUUACAUAAUAUCAUUUUUAAUAUAAUUUGUAAAUAACUAAGAUAUUGAUCUGUGAAAAAUAAAUACUAUUUGAUCAAGAUUGUUUAGCUUUUGUAAUACCUAAACAAAUGGGGUAUAGUAAAAGUUUCUUAGGAGGAUUUGUUUCUAGAUUCAGACAUCAAAUGCUGGAUAAACGAGACAUAAAAAAAUUACAGCUUAUAUUAAACUAUUUAAAACACCUUUUUUUAAAUAGUUUAAUAUAAGCUUCUAUUUUGUGUUCUUUUAAUAUGAUGAUGAAAAUAUUCAUGAAUUGUCAUGUGAACCGUACAAAAUCGAUUUUCGUGAUCAUUUAAAAAAAAAGUACCACCGCAUUCCUCGUAUAGGUACUUUCUUGAAAUUAAAGUGCUUUGACGCAAUGCGGCUUGUUAUUUUACACUUUGAUGACUUAACAUCCGUGCCUUUCUAAAGUAAAUUAUUUUCAUUUCGAAAUCCCUUUUCCCUCACGAGAAAUAAUUGUUAGACAAAUCAUCAAUUUCAUUUAACUAAUUUCAGUAUUUCUACCACUCGACGUAAGAUUAUGGUGCCUACGGACUAGAGCAAGAGAAACCUAUAAAACAUGAAAGUCUAGAAACUAUAUGUCUUUCUCGCUCUAUUCUUAUAGACUUGUCUCGCUCAUAUUGUAAAGUCAUCAGGCACCUUUAUUAUUUAGUCAUGUCAGUACUUAAAAUUGUAGCAUAAAAAUAAGUUUCGUGGCAAUAUGUAAACGUUAUGUAAGUUAAGCUUUAAUCUAUUAUAAUUUCUCGUUUAGUAUAUAACUUGGCGGAGUCCCUCCAUUUUGUUUUUUAUUUUAUUUGUGGCAACGACAAUACAAUUGUGUAUUGCUCAAGUAUCGCUCAGUUUACCCUUAUGUAAUUUCAUUGAUAUUAUCGGGAAGAGAUAAGAGCGUAUUUUCUGUUGUGUGUCAACUAAACCAUAGUGUGAAGAGUAAAAAAGGUUAAAAAUCACACAAAAAAAGAAUGAGGAAUUAUACGAAAAUACGCUCGUCAUUCGCCAUCCAGUGUUUACUUUCGCAAGAGUCCAUUCCAAACGGUUCAGUUUAUUUUGUUCUGUGACAUUGCAGGCGAUGCUUGCUGUAUUUAGACUAGAAAAAUGAAAUACAUUUACUUAGUAUCA